AUGGAGCGGCUCAUCCUCACCCAUCUCCGCUCCGUGGUCAGCCCCACCCUGGACCCGCUGCAGUUUGCCUACAGACCCAACAUCGGAGCAGAGGACGCCGUCAUCUACUUCCUGCAGCGGACGCUCUCCCACCUGGAGCCCGCCGGGAGCGCUCACAGAGCGGGACAGAAACAGACUGAACAAGCUGGUCAGGAGGAGGUGAGGGACAGGAGGCCCCUGGACUCUGUGGAGGAGGUGAGGGACAGGAGGCCCCUGGACUCUGUGGAGGAGGUGAGGGACAGGAGGCCCCUGGACUCUGUGGAGGAGGUGAGGGACAGGAGGCCCCUGGACUCUGUGGAGGAGGUGAGGGACAGGAGGCCCCUGGACUCUGUGGAGGAGGUGAGGGACAGGAGGCCCCUGGACUCUGUGGAGGAGGUGAGGGACAGGAGGCCCCUGGACUCUGUGGAGGAGGUGAGGGACAGGAGGCCCCUGGACUCUGUGGAGGAGGUGAGGGACAGGAGGCCCCUGGACUCUGUGGAGGAGGUGAGGGACAGGAGGCCCCUGGACUCUGUGGAGGAGGUGAGGGACAGGAGGCCCCUGGACUCUGUGGAGGAGGUGAGGGACAGGAGGCCCCUGGACUCUGUGGAGGAGGUGAGUGACAGGAGGCCCCUGGACUCUGUGGAGGAGGUGAGGGACAGGAGGCCCCUGGACUCUGUGGAGGAGGUGAGGGACAGGAGGCCCCUGGACUCUGUGGAGGAGCUUCUCUCACCUCGCUCUCACCCCCCUCAACUCCCUCUCUCCCACUCCUCUGCAUCCUCUCUCGUCGCUCCGCACAUCAACUCAUCUUCCUCGUCUUGGCUCUUCCUCCAUCGCCUUCAGCUCUCUUCCUCACUCACGCCUCUCACUCCCUCUCACCCUAACACUCCUGACCCAUACCCCAUCCUUCGCGGCAGGUCAGCACCAUCAGCAGCCCAAUCACUCUUCACUCACUGCUCUCACCUCGGGACACAAAUCUCCUCCGUCCUCUACAUCCAGAUCAUCUCACCCCUCUCCAUUCAACAGCAUCACUCUCAGGACGACACACGCGCAUCCUCUCCCCCAUCACUCUCACCUCCCCACUCCUCAAUCCCCAGCCAUCCAUCUCCGGCCUACGAGUCUCGAACCUCGCACUCGUCGAACAAUCUCCAUCCGCCCGCGCCAUCAUCCCGUCCUUCAUCCCAGUCCGCCACUCCUCCCCUCAUCAUCUCAUUACCCCCUCUCCUCUCCCACGUCAUCCCCACCCAGCUUCAUCGAACCUCGAAUCCCCUCUCACCCUCCGGGAUCUCUCUGAGCUCUCGUAUAGACUCUCACUCAGCCUAUCAAACUCCAUCCCUCUACUCACUCCUCGCCUACUCCGGGCUCCCCUCCGUCCCCACUUCUGUCUCAUCCACGCCGGCCCGAGAAACCUCCUCUCCACGAUCACACACACCCCGUCAAUCGCCCUCCGUCUCGCCCACCUCCACUCAACGCCUUCCCCACUCCAGAGCUUAA